GGACUUCGCGAGUCUUUCGCCACAGGCAGGUCAGGGAGAGCAAGAGAGCCCAGUUCGGAGGAGAGGAUGUGGGUAUGCUGACAUCUGCACGCCAGCGGUUUAACUGGAAGACGACCGCAGGCAGGCGGACAGAAAAACGGCCUUAGCGACUUUGGAGACACUCUGAGAAAUGUAACCUAUCCGAGAAGAUGGUUGUGUCCUUACGGACACCCUGAAGCUCAGCCCGUCACGGUUGCCUCUGCGGUCGCUCGCCGUCAUGAGGGGGCGCUGCUCCAGAAAGCUGGCCGUGUUGGCCAAGGCCGGCCUCUUGCUGUGGCUCCUGUGGCUGGGUUAUCUUCUGCUGGAACGAGCCUCUUUCCCGUCGUCUUCCUCUGCAGGAGAAGAUGAGGAGGAGCAAAACCUCCAGGCCAGGCAGCUGGCUUUAGAAGAGAGCGGGAUAGACGGGCAGCUGGCCAGGCCCGUCUAUGUUAAGCCUCCAGCAGACGUCAACGCGCCGGGGGAGUGGGGCCAGGCCACCCACCUCAACCUCAGUCCCGAAGAGAAGAAGCAGCAAGAGGAGAGCGUGGAGCGGUACGCCAUUAACAUUUACGUCAGCGACAAGAUCUCCCUCCAUCGGCACAUCCAGGACCACAGAAUGAAUGAAUGCCGGGCUAAGAAGUUUGAUUACCGACAUUUACCCACAACUUCUGUGAUCAUCGCCUUCUACAAUGAGGCCUGGUCCACUCUGCUGAGGACAAUUCACAGCGUGCUGGAGUCCACGCCGGCCAUCCUGUUGAAGGAGAUCAUCCUAAUCGAUGACUUCAGUGACAGAGGCUACCUGAAAUCCCAGCUUGCUGAGUACAUCAGUAAUCUGCAACGCGUGCGGCUCAUUCGCACAAACAAAAGGGAAGGGCUGGUACGCGCGCGUCUCAUCGGCGCCACCUACGCUACAGGGGAUGUCCUGACAUUUCUCGAUUGCCACUGCGAGUGUGUCCCCGGCUGGAUCGAGCCCCUGCUGGAAAGGAUUGCUCAGAACGCCAGCACCAUCGUCUGCCCUGUGAUCGACACCAUUGACUGGAACAACUUUGAGUUUUACAUGCAGACAGACGAGCCGAUGAUUGGAGGCUUUGACUGGAGACUCACCUUUCAGUGGCACUCUGUUCCUGAAGCGGAACGUCAGAAGCGAAAGUCUCGCACUGAGCCCAUCAGGUCUCCAACCAUGGCAGGAGGAUUAUUUGCUGUGAGCAAAGCCUUUUUUGAAUACCUUGGCACAUAUGAUAUGGGCAUGGAGGUGUGGGGAGGAGAAAACCUGGAACUUUCUUUCAGAGUGUGGCAGUGCGGCGGCAGUCUGGAGAUCCAUCCCUGCUCCCACGUUGGCCACGUGUUCCCUAAAAAGGCCCCAUACGCUCGACCCAACUUUCUCCAGAAUACCGUGCGGGCCGCGGAGGUCUGGAUGGGCUCCUACAAACAGCACUUCUACAACAGGAACCCUCCAGCCAGAAAGGAGAACUACGGAGACAUCUCGCAGCGGGAGCAGCUGAGGGACAAGCUGAAAUGCAAAAGCUUUGAAUGGUAUUUGAAGAACAUCUACCCAGAUCUACACAUCCCUGAGGACCGGGAAGGCUGGCACGGGGCUGUACGCAGCUCGGGGUUACAAUCAGAGUGUCUUGAUUACAACGCUCCAGAUCACAGUCCCAUUGGAGCCCAGCUUUCUCUGUUUGGCUGCCACGGCCAGGGAGGCAACCAGUACUUUGAAUACACUUCCCAGAAGGAGAUCCGUUUCAACUCGGUGACGGAGCUGUGUGCCGAGGUACUCGAGGGACAAACCUCCAUUGGAAUGAGACACUGUCCUCGGGACGGGGAAGCAAAGCCUCCCAGCAUCAUGUGGGAUUUCAAACAGGACGGGACCAUCUACCACCCUCACUCAGACAUGUGCGUGACGGCUUAUCGCACGACAGAGGGGCGCACGGACGCACAGAUGAGGCGGUGCGACCCGGCCGACAGGAACCAGCAGUGGAAGUUUGAGUGGUAGAAAGGGGAAUUAAGACUUUACCAGGAAAACUCAAGUGACCUUCUGUGACCUUUGUGCAAUUACUACACUGGUGCGCUUUUCCGUUACCCAUGAUUUCCUCGCUCUCCGCGUUUGUGUCGGAUCGAACUGGGAAUGACAAACAGAAAGGUCUUGAAAAUGUCACUUUAAGCCACUGAUUUGCUCUGCUGAUUGCUUGAAUGAGUGCAGAGUUGCUGAGAAUUUCAAUUUUAUUCGAACCCUUUAAAAAACAACAGCAAGCAGACUGUUUUAUUCAAGUGCCUGAGCAACAAUAAUGGAGAGCAUUACAAACCUGGGAUUUCUUGCUACGGAGUUGACCCUUCUGCACAAAAAUCAAGAAGAUUAAUAGAAUUAAUUCUUGAAUUAGCUGCAAAGUCAAACUGCACUGCAAUGUUUUUUAUGUGGAAUUUACUUCUCAUGACUUCCUGUUCAAUUCUUUUGCUUGUGUGUACGCAGUCGUCAGACGAUGUAAAAUGUAAGAAUGUAGGCUGCUAAACGAAGAGCUCGGAAUGUAAGGUCACCCGCAUUUUGCACCGCGCCGGUGAUUUCCUGACGUGCCCCGUCAUGUGAGAGGAAAAGGGAGAAUGAAGGAGGGAGCGUGCUGUUGUCAUACUACACUUGCUUCUCAACUCUGUCUCCCGCUCGUGGUGCCAGUUUUACAGCGGAGUUCUGCCUGAACAAGACUUGAAGAAUUCAUUAAGUUCUGGAACUGAGGAACGUUUCGCCCCAGAGAGCUUAGCGAUUUGACGGGAAUGUUGUUACCUAUUCUUACCUGCUGUGUUCGUCUGAGAAUGCCCUUUCGGCUCACCUGUCGCUCCGCCUGAGGAAAACCUGUCAUCCUAAAAUACCCCCGUGUGUGUGUGUGUGUGUGUGUGUGUGUGUGUGUGUGUGUGUGUGUGUGUGU